AGAUCCCGUGCCUGCUCUGGACCUUGGGCAGCAGCUCCAGCUCAAAGUGCAGCGUCUGCACGACAUUGAAACAGAGAACCAGAAGCUUAGGGAAACUCUGGAAGAGUACAACAAGGAAUUUGCCGAAGUGAAAAAUCAAGAGGUUACGAUAAAAGCACUUAAAGAAAAAAUCCGAGAAUAUGAACAGACUCUGAAGAACCAAGCGGAGACUAUAGCUCUCGAAAAGGAACAAAAGUUACAAAAUGAUUUUGCAGAAAAGGAGAGAAAGCUGCAGGAGACACAGAUGUCCACCACCUCAAAGCUGGAGGAAGCGGAGCACAAAGUUCAAAGUCUGCAGACAGCCCUGGAAAAAACUCGAACAGAAUUAUUUGACCUGAAAACCAAAUAUGAUGAAGAAAUUACUGCCAAUUCAGCGUCUUCCCAGCGGAUCUCCCUGCUGCCAGUUUCUCCCCGGACUAUCCAUCCUCCAAGUGUCUGUCUGCUAAAAGUAUCUUUCCGAAAUAUAAAUCUGAUCCUGUUAAAAUCUGUCCUCCUUAAAGUCUUUCCAUGGCUCUGUCUUGCCUCCACUGAAAAAUCAUGACAUGGUGCCUGAGCC